AGUACAUUGUGCAUGCCAGGGUCGGUCAUAUUUCAUCUCUACGCCGGAACUUUGUUGCACUGGUUGAGACGGCGGUACCAAUCCUAUUUCCGCAGCAGAUGUUCCGUAUUGACUCAGCUCCACUCACAGGCUGCACAACCACGGAGACACGUCAGAGAAUCAUUUCAGGACUCUUCGAGCAGUUGUUUCUGUUUGAGCAGCUUACAACUGCUCGGUUGCCAGCAGUCAGACAUGGCGAAACAGCGGCCGUGUAUGAUUGAUGUGACAGUGCUCAGUGGUCAGUCCGUCUCGGUUCUUGUGGGCGAAGGUGAGAAAGUGGGCGAGUUGAGGAAGAGUGCACAGAAGAAGUUUCGAAGGGGAAUAUCUCACCUGGUCCACCUUGACGGCGGAUUGCUGGACGACACGCUCACGGUCGAAGAUGCAGGCCUCUGUGACGGGGAUCUUGUCAUGGGCACGUUUGGGCGCGCUAGCAUUGUUUCCAGCAGGCGCUCUGUCGCUUUUGCCGUGAUACGAGGCGAUGGUUCAGUUGUCACGUGGGGGGACUACUCCUCUGGCGGCGAUAGCCGCAUGGCGCAGGAGGAGCUCCGGGGCGUGCGAGAAGUUUGCGCCUCCGGGGAUGCUUUUGCAGCACUCCGGGAGGAUGGGCGAGUAGUUACGUGGGGUCGCGGACCCGGAAGUAGCCUGGACAGCGCAGUGCAGGCGCAACUGACGAAUGUGACCUCCAUCUGUGCUACAGCUACUGCAUUUGCGGCAGUUCGUGCUGAUGGCUCAGUGGUUACCUGGGGUGCCAGCAAUGCAGGGGGGGACAGCCGUUGGGUCCAGCCGCAACUCUGUGAUGUACACGCUGUUUACGCUUCUGAGAGUGCCUUUGCUGCGGUUCGCAGAGAUGGAUCCGUGGUAUCUUGGGGCAAUUCGUCUUCAGGCGGCGACAGCAAGCCAGUUCAGAAACUCCUGCUGAAUGUAGCCGAUAUCUCGGCCACCGACACCGCAUUCGCAGCCAUCCUGCAGAGUGGGCAUGUUGUCACAUGGGGAUGCGCUGCACAGGGUGGUGACAGCAGCCAUGUGCGACAAAGGCUCGAGCACGUGCAAGCGAUCUCUUCCACGGCCGAUGCUUUUGCUGCCUUGCGAACAGACGGAACUGUUGUGACAUGGGGUGGCGCCCUUUGUGGAGGUGAGAGUAGCGAUGUGCAGAGGGAUCUGAGACAGGUUCGCCAGGUGUGUGGCUCGACGAACGCAUUUGCUGCUCUUCGGAUGGAUGGCAGUGUUGUGUGCUGGGGUGGAAAUGGCCCAUUCGUACAGGCGCAUGGAGUCGAGCGCUUGCACGCCUCUGCGGUUGCAUUUGCAGCGUUGAUGUCUGACAGCAAUGUGUUUACAUGGGGGGACCCGUUGUACGGCGGCGGCAGCGCCAGCCCAGACCUGAAGGAUGUCCAACAAAUCGCAGCAUCAGCAAGCGCCUUCGCGGCGCUGCAUGUGGAUGGCACGGUAACGGCUUGGGGGCAUCCACAUGGUGGUGGCCACAUUCGACCAGGAGCCCAGCGGCACUUGCUUGACGUCUUCCGAACUGAUCAACCACCCAUCGACCCUGAGGAGGACCAGGAGUACUGGCUGUGACAGCCAUGUAUCUGACAGCCAGCGCCAGGCUGUGUGGGGGAACGAUAGGAGCUUUAUUGUGGUACGAUGUGCAGUGCCACAAACAUUCGCUGCAAGUGCAGGACGCGCUAGCCAGCCCAGCUAGCCAGCCCAGCCCAGCUUGCAUGUUUGCCAUUUGCAGUUUGUGUCAGCUUGGCCGUAUUUCUGGCUGCAGCUGCAUGACAUGUACAGAAACUCGCCGGGAAAGGCUAGCCUGCUGUCCAGCCACGCGUGUCAUUUCAUCUCC